AUGGGGCCUAUUACACCGGUCAACGAACCCUCGACCACACCACGCCGGCCGUCGCCGGCUCGAGAAAGCCCCCCUAUCAUCGGCCGCACCAACGACCUCUUCUCACUCGGCAACUGCACGGUUGUCAUCACCGGCGGUGGCCGAGGGUUAGGGAUUGUGCUGGCCGGCGCGGUCAUCGAAGCCGGCGGUGAUGUCGUGUACCUAGAUCUUCUGCCCCACGCCCAGCGCCGACGAGUGGGCGUCUGUGCAAAAGCUGGCCGGCCGCUGCAGGACGCCUCCACGCAUCGUACGUGUCGUGUGGACAUCACCGAUGCGGCUUCCACAGAGCACAUCCUCGAGCAGAUUGCUCCAGAUGCAUUGAGUCCCAACAUGACCCUGCGUGGCCUUGUAAUCUGCGCCGGGAUUCAGCACUGGGCGCCUGCGCUGGACUAUUCAGUGGAAUUGUGGAGAAAGAUGUUGGACGUCAACGUGAUUGGUACCUUUACUUCCGCCAAACAUUGUGCUCGUAUCUUCAAGGAACAAAAUUUCCCUGCUAGUAUCGUACUGAUUGCCUCCAUGUCGGGACACAUCGCCAACCGCGGUCUUACCUGCACAGCAUACAAUUCCUCCAAAGCCUCCGUGCACCGGAUGUGUCGGUCUGUCGCCCGGGAAUGGGGACAAUAUGACAUCCGCAUCAACACGUUAUCCGCUGGUUAUAUCCGCACCGCGCGGACAUUUUGCUUCUGCUUGAUCAUAGGGAAUGAUUUCCACACAUGGCGUUGA